AUGCCUCCCAAGAAGGCUACCGCCGCUACCAAGAAGGCCGUUCCCGCUCCUCACACCUCUUACCGUGAUAUGAUCCGCGAUGCCAUUGUCAACCUCAAAGAGCGCAAUGGCAGCAGUCGCCAGGCUAUCAAGAAGUAUGUCAUUGCCAAUAACAAGAUCACCUUUGCCUCUCAGGGUGCUUUUGACUCCCAGUUCAACAAGGCUAUCAAGGCCGGUGUUGAUAAAGAGGAAUUUGUCCAACCUAAAGGCCCAUCGGGACCCCUGAAGCUUGCCAAGAAGGAAGCUAAGCCCGCCGCUAAGCCCGUCGCUAAGCCUACUGCUAAGGCCGCUGCUAAGCCUGUUGUCAAGAAGACUGCCACUAAGGUCACCAAGGCUGCACCCAAGGCUGCCGCUAAGAAGGCCGCACCAAAGAAGACUGCCACCAAGGUAACCAAGGUUACUAAGAAGGCUGCUCCCAAGAAGACUGCGGCCAAGGCUAACACUGGAAAGACUCGCAAGGUCAAGGUUGCUGCUUCGGCCCCCGCCAUCGUGAACCACCCCACUGUCCUCGGCAAGACCAAGUCUGGUCGUAUCACCAAGAGCACCAGCGCACCCCAGCCCACUAAAGCCGCUCCCAAGAAGCGUGCUGCGAAGAAGUAG